AUUUCUCCAUUAGCUCAGAGCCCUGCCUCACCCAGUCCGUCUUCAGCCUAGCUCGUGCCCAGCUGCUGCAGUCAGUUGUUAUGAACAGCAAGUGUGUGAGGUCCAGCCUCGGGAAGAUGCCAGAAGUUCCGUCCGGAGCUCAAGAGAUGUCCCGGAAAAGAAGCGCUGAGCCCGGUCCGCUUCCAGAGCAGGUCCGGGAGAGGAAAAGGGCCUGCUGGGGCAUUCUGACUAGCCAAGGGUCGUGGGCAGAUCACUCCCCUCUCCAUGAAGCAGCUUCUCAGGGUCGACUGCUGGCCCUGCGCACUCUGCUGGCCCAGGGAUGUCACGCCAACAUUGUCACCAUUGAUCAUGUGACUCCACUCCAUGAAGCCUGCCUGUCAGGACAUGUGGCCUGUGUCAGAGCAUUAAUAAAUGCUGACGCGAAUGUGAAUGCUGUCACCAUCGAUGGUGUCACUCCUCUGUACAACAGUUGUGCCUCUGGGAGUGUGGGUUGUGUGGAACUGCUGCUGCAGAAUGGAGCACACACACACACAACCCACACACACUUCCCCUCGGCUCUGCACGAAGCCUGCAAGAGAGGUAAUAGCCAAUGUGUGGAGUCCCUGCUGUCCCAUGGAGCAGACCCAGACUAUGAAGUGUCCCACUUGGGAACUCCUCUCUACAUAAGCUGUCUACACCGACAAACAGCCUGCUCAAAGAUACUGCUGUACAGAGGAGCCAACGUUAAUAGAGGCAGAGGAGGUGACAGUCCUCUGCAUGCCACUGUCAGACAGGACAGUGCAGAUCAGGUGUCAGUGUUACUGGACUAUGGAGCUAAUGUCAACAUCAGAAAUGGUAACGAUCAACGGCCUGUGGAGCUAGCGCCUGCUGGUGGAAAAACACAACAGCUUUUACUGACAUUUGAAGUUUCUCCGAGGAGUCUCUGCCAGUUGUGUCGACUUCAGAUCAGGAACCUGAUUGGUCGAUCCGGACUGAAACUACUCCUCCUUCCUCUCCCGACCCUGCUCACUGACUACCUGGAGCACGUAUAGGAUGGGCACACAUGCAGCAUUACAGGAAAAGCAGAUGACAUUUCUUUAACAUUUUUUUAUGACAAAUGAUCUUUAAUGUUUUUCUUUAACAUUUAAAAUGUCGAUGUGCCAAGCCCCUUAUUAACCACAAAUGCACUGAAGAUUCGAUCUGCUGCAAGCUGUACUCCGGGAACAUAGUGCAUGAUGUUGUCAUAAUUGGUUUAUUUGAAAUGUUCAUUCAUUAGGACUUGUUUUUCCCCUGACAUAUGUUUGUGACUGAUGGUGACCCAAACUUUAAAAAAGAAUUGGGUAACCACAAGUUCCUUUUGUAAAUGUGCUGGCCUGCAAGUGUCUGCAUGAAUAUGUAAAUAUAAAUAAAUAAUCCAUGACAUGACCCCA